ACUCUGACAGCACCCGCUCCAUUUGCAGACGAAACAAGCUGUCAGUGCCAAGCCCCCCAUGAGAAGUUAACCAUUGCACAAGCCCGUCUGGGAACACCGGUUGACAGACCUGUCAGAGUGUAUGCAGAUGGGAUAUUUGACCUCUUCCACUCUGGCCAUGCUAGAGCUCUUAUGCAAGCCAAAACUCUCUUCCCAAAUAGCUACUUAUUAGUAGGAGUUUGCAGUGAUGAUUUAACUCAUAAAUUCAAAGGCUUCACUGUGAUGAAUGAAACUGAGCGAUAUGAAGCCCUCAGACACUGUCGUUAUGUGGAUGAGGUCAUCAGAGAUGCACCCUGGACACUGACACCUGAGUUCCUUGAAAAACAUAAGAUUGACUUUGUAGCCCACGAUGACAUCCCGUACUCCUCCGCUGGCUCGGAUGACGUAUACAAACACAUAAAGGAGGCAGGAAUGUUUGUACCAACGCAGAGAACCGAAGGCAUCUCCACAUCGGAUAUCAUCACAAGGAUCGUCCGGGACUACGACGUGUAUGCCCGGCGCAACCUCCAACGAGGCUACACCGCCAAAGAGCUGAAUGUCAGCUUUAUAAAUGAGAAGAAAUACCGCUUUCAAAACCAAGUGGACAAAAUGAAAGAAAAAGUCAAGAAUGUGGAGGAAAAGUCAAAGGAAUUUGUUUACAAGGUGGAAGAGAAAAGCCAUGACCUCAUUCAGAAAUGGGAGGAAAAGUCAAGGGAAUUCAUUGGCAACUUUUUAGAGCUGUUUGGACCCGAUGGAGCCUGGAAGCAGAUGUUCCAGGAACGAAGUGGCCGAAUGCUCCAGGCUUUUUCUCCCCGGCAGAGCCCGAACAGCAGUCCCACGCGCGGCCGUUCUCCAUCCCGUUCUCCGUCUCCACCCUGGGUCUUCAAUAAAGCCUCCCCUCCCUCUUCUCCGAAAGCUGCCUCUGCCUCCCUCAGCAGCAUGAGCGAGGGAGACGAGGAUGAAAAGUAA